AGUCGUGACUUUGUAUUCCGGCGGACUCGACGGUGUCAUCCUAAAUCGCCUUAUGGUUGCUGAGAAUUCAACGGCUUUUCUAUGACUGAGAAUUUAUUUCGAUAAACGUACGGAGAGCUAAGGAACAGGAACUGCAACAGAGUUUUUCACCGUGGAUAUUUUGUUACACUUGAAGGCUCUAUUAUUAAUUUAAAGAUCUACUUCGUCCCCCUCCGAUCCUGUGACACAGGUGUUUUUGCCAUCCUGUGACGGAUUUAUCCUCUCAACUUUCGGGUGUAAGGAGGAGAGGAAGCAAAGAUGCCGAAACCGAUCAAUGUCCGUGUGACCACUAUGGAUGCAGAGCUGGAGUUCGCCAUCCAGCCUAAUACCACAGGAAAACAGCUCUUUGACCAGGUUGUGAAGACAGUGGGUCUGCGGGAGGUCUGGUUCUUUGGACUCCAGUAUGUGGACAGUAAAGGCUACAUCACCUGGCUCAAACUCAAUAAGAAGGUGACCCAGCAGGAUGUGAAGAAAGAAAACCCUCUGCAGUUUAAGUUCAGAGCCAAAUUCUUCCCUGAGGACGUCUCAGAGGAGCUGAUCCAGGAGAUUACCCAGAAACUGUUCUUUCUGCAGGUGAAGGAGGCCAUCCUGAACGAUGAGAACUACUGUCCCCCAGAGACAGCUGUGUUACUGGCAUCAUAUUCUGUCCAGGCCAAGUAUGGAGACUACAGCAAAGAUGUCCACAAGCCUGGCUACCUUAGCCAUGACGGACUGCUGCCUCAGAGAGUCCUGGAGCAGCACAAGUUGACCAAGGAGCAGUGGGAGGACAGGAUUCAGACCUGGCAUGAAGAACACCGAGGAAUGCUCAGAGAGGAUUCGAUGAUGGAGUAUCUUAAAAUCGCCCAGGACUUGGAGAUGUACGGAGUCAACUACUUUGAGAUCAAAAACAAGAAGGGCACACAGCUGUGGCUGGGUGUGGAUGCCCUCGGCCUCAACAUCUAUGAACAUGAAGACAAGUUGACACCGAAGAUCGGCUUCCCCUGGAGUGAGAUUCGAAACAUCUCUUUUAAUGACAAGAAGUUUGUCAUCAAACCCAUUGACAAGAAAUCACCUGACUUUGUGUUUUAUGCCCCUCGACUGCGCAUCAACAAGCGUGUCUUGGCAUUGUGUAUGGGCAACCAUGAGUUGUACAUGAGGAGGAGAAAGCCCGACACCAUCGAGGUGCAGCAAAUGAAGGCUCAGGCCCGGGAGGAGAAGCACCACAAACAGAUGGAAAGGGCCCAGCUGGAGAAUGAGAAAAAGAAACGGGAACACGCAGAGAAAGAGAAGGAGAAGAUAGAGCGUGAGAAAGAAGAGCUCAUGGAGAGACUGAGACAGAUUGAAGAGCAGACGAUGAGAGCUCAGAAAGAGCUUGAGGACCAGACUCGCCGUGCUAUGGAGCUGGAGCAGGAGAGAAAGAGGGCGAGAGAAGAGGCAGAGAGGCUGGAGAGGGAAAGGCAGGCGGCUGAGGAGGCUAAGGCAGAGCUGGCCAAACAGGCUGCAUACCAGCAGAAGACCCAGGAGCAGCUGGCUGCUGAACUGGCUGAGUUCACAGCCAAGAUCACUCUACUUGAGGAAGCCAAGAGGAAGAAAGAAGAUGAGGCUACACAAUGGCAGCACAAGGCUCUGUCAGCCCAGGAGGACCUGGAGAAGACCAAGGAGGAGCUGAAGACUGCAAUGACGGUGGUGCCAGCACCUGUGGGCAGCCAUGCUGAGAGUGAGCAUGAUGAGCAGGAUGAGAACCAUGCAGAGGCCAGCGCCGAGCUCUCUAAUGAGGGUGUCAGCCAGCUAGACCUCCGCAGUGAGGAGGCACGCGUCACUGAAGCCCAGAAAAACGAGAGGGUGAAGAAGCAGCUGCAGACAUUAAGUUCAGAGUUGGCCGAGGCCAGAGAUGAAACCAAGAAGACACAGAACGAUGUGCUGCACGCUGAGAAUGUGAAGGCAGGCCGAGACAAAUACAAAACGCUGCGCCAGAUCCGACAGGGCAACACAAAGCAGCGCAUCGAUGAGUUUGAGUCCAUGUGAGAGCAGCACCUCUGUCCCGAACUUUCCCCUCAGCGGCUGCUAAGUUUUCAUGGAUGACCCAGUCCACCCCCUCGGCCAGGCGGUCUUGUCAAACUUUGCCAAAGCACCAACCCCACUCUCCACUUGAAAGUUUGGAUGUGGAGAUGCUUACAGUCACUUUGAACAAGCAGACCUCAUCGAACAGCAGAGGUCAUGUAAGCACAGGAACACGGUAAAACCAAAAUGGAACCAAUUGGAAUUUUUUUUGUAACAAACAUAGCCAUUGAAAGCUGUUUUAUUUUUGUUUGUUUUGCUUAAUGACUUGUAUGCAAAGCUUUAGCAUGACUACUUGUCCUCUUCUAGUUCUUCUCCUCUGCUUUGUUUGACUCAUUUUAUUGAUGACACCCUUCUUUUGAGUUGCCAGGAUUCAGGACUGGAGUCUGAGGAUAAAUAAGGUCUUUUUUUUUUUUUCAUUCAGUGUCAAAGUGCUGCUGUGUUACAUCAUGUCAAAACAUAUCACAUGCUAAAUAUGCUAAUUCUCUGGGGUUAUUUCACUACUCAGUCAAUUCAAACUAUUGUUUUCUAUGUUUAAGUAAAAGAUUUGUAUGAAUCAACGCUGCAGUAUUUUAAUAGCUUCACUGAGGCUGAAAAAGUUUUGAUGAAACUCCUUUGUCAGUGAAACAGAAGCGAAACGAGCCAUCCAACUUGUCACACGGCAGGUUCUGAUGAACGAAUGUAGCACAGGUAACAAAGGGAAAGUGUUUUUUACAUGCACCGGUGAUAGGAUAGCAUGUGCCACUCGAGCUUAAAAGUGUUAUGAAGAUGAGCGGUAGCGGUGUAGCUGUUGUUUGUGUGUGUGUUUUCCAGUUGCAUCCCAGUGUUUCAUUCCCAGUCACUGCAGAUGGUUUUCUCUGCCUACCAGCUCACAAAGGGGCUCAGGUUAUGAAAUGGCCUGACAGAGGAACAGUCAGCUGAAGAGUGUGUCCACGCUGUCUGUCUGUCUGUCCAGCUGUUUGAGUGUUGGUGUGUCUGUGUGAGAGCGAGUGCAUGUAUACGAGUGUGUACAGGUGUGGAAGCUGAGGCCUGGCACCUCUCUGCCUGGGGAGCUUAAGAAAACAUCAGUCCUCAACCGGGGACACAUCUCUACCUCAGUAACGUUAGCAGUGGUGACUGACAGUCAAACUCCCCCCCUUUCCAAAAGACACGAACAUAAAGGUUGUUAAGCCUCCUGAGCAGGCUACCUUUUCCCAGAGCUUAGUUGGUUUGUGGCCAUGCAUCAGUCAAGUGAGGUUUGUGUUACUGAAGUGGUCUGUUCCUGGCUGUGCUCAGAGUGAAAUAAUCAGACUGGAGAUGUUCUGUACAGAGAGCAUGUUCAGAAGAAGCUACAGGAGGUCACUGGUCGCUCCCUGAUGGUUCUUAGGAGCCACUAGUUGUUGGUUAGACUCGAGUUGGGAACUCUUACAAGAUGGAUUCAUUAGAAUGGCCUGCGAUGUCUUGUCAGGGCUUUGAAGGAGUCGGGCUGCAGACCUGCAAUGGAUUCUUGGGACUGAGAGACUUGUGAACUGGUCAAGAGAUGAGUUGUUAUUAAUGUGAAGGGACCUUGCUUGUUGCGAUACUUUCUUGCCCUGAAAUUCUCAUCUAGCAACAUUGUUUAUAUUGCUAGAUGAGAAUUCUCUUCUCUGUGGUCGAAUGUUCCAGGGUGCAUUUCUGAAAUGAGUGAACUUUAAAUUUUCCUUUUUUAAAGAAAUUAACAAAAUGAAAAAAGGUUUAUAGUAUUCUUUAUUCUAUACUUGACAGCUGGUGUAGGUUGAUUUUUUUUUUAUUUUAAGUUUUAAGUUUUAAAGUUAAAGCACUUCUUUGAAACAAGACACUGAAGCCUGCGUUUAACUCCAGUGUCCAUUGUUAGUGUUGUAUUCGCCAUAGCAAGUGGGGGGGAAAAUCCUGUGCUUCCAGCUUUUCUGUGGUGUUCAGAGACCCUAAACCAGCAGCAGGUGUCACUGUACUGGGCAGCUUCGCCUCUGUCCCGUCCAGUGACGCCAGUGUCUGGUGAUGCCUGCUCUGAAACCAGCUGUCAUGUUUUGCCGGGUUUUUUUUUUUCUUGUGUUUAUGUUAGUAUUCUUUAAAAUGGAAGAAACAAAUGGAUCACAGUCCAUUUCAUUAGCUGACAAAUAAAAGUUUUACAUUUUGA